GUGCUGCUCCAUCCGGGUAUCCGACGGCCUGGGGCGGUUUUGUUUUCUUGGCCCGACCGGGGAAAGCGAGGCGGCCCGGCGCGGCGCAACACCGGACUCCGGACCGAUUGCGCGGACGGGGCUGGACUGACCUGAGAAAAAAUGUCUGGAUUUCUAGAAGGCUUGAGAUGCUCAGAAUGCAUUGAUUGGGGGGAAAAGCGCAAUACUAUUGCUUCCAUUGCUGCCGGUGUCCUAUUUUUUACAGGCUGGUGGAUUAUCAUAGAUGCAGCUGUCAUUUAUCCCAGCAUGGAAGAGUUCAACCACUCCUACCACGCCUGCGGUGUUAUAGCAACUAUAGCCUUCCUAAUGAUUAAUGCAGUAUCAAAUGGACAAGUCCGAGGUGACAGUUACAGUGAAGGUUGCCUGGGUCAAACAGGUGCUCGCAUUUGGCUGUUUAUUGGUUUCAUGUUGGCCUUUGGCUCUCUGAUCGCAUCUAUGUGGAUUCUUUUUGGAGGGUAUGUUGCUAAAGAAAAAACCAUAGUAUAUCCUGGAAUUGCUGUAUUUUUCCAAAAUGCCUUCAUCUUUUUUGGAGGGCUCGUUUUUAAGUUUGGCCGCACGGAAGACUUAUGGCAGUGAAAGCAUCUGAUUUAUUACUGCACAGCAGCCCUGCAUGGGCUUUGGGUUUUUUUUUUUUACUACUCACUCCCAGUCUUUUGUAAUGCCAUUUCCUAAACUUCUUUCUAAGUGUAGUCUCAGCUUAAAUUUGUAUAAUACUAAAAUCAUGACAACUCCCUAUUUAAACAACAACAGCAAGAUCUAUUGUGGUAAUCGUUUGAUUAACUUGUAAAAUGUUAAAGAAAAAUAUUUCACAUGAGAAAUUUUUAUUAUGUUUUAUCAUGAUAUAAUUAAUAAAAAUAAAAGUAAAUCACAAAAGAAAUUAUGGAAGCAUCUUACGUAUUUGUCAUAUACAAGGUGCAAAACUGCAAUUAAAGUGCUCUGAAAAUUUAA